AUGGAAGAGAGCAAAUCAUCAAGGGACUCUCUUAUUAAUGAAUAUGCAGAUUUACGCUUACUCCUUCCAUUUUAAUUUGGAACAAAAAUGCUAUUCCAAAUUAAAGGGGAUUAAAUUUGUUUUUAAAAAAAUAUCUAUUUUUUAAAAUUAAAAAAAUUAAAUUGAAAGCAAUAUUUUAAUUUAAAAUUAUUUUAAUAUAGAAUUAAUUAAAAAAAAUUAUCAAUUAAAUGCAAAAACUGUUUAAAUAAUAUUAUACUUGCACUUUUUCAUUAAAUUAGGUUAAAAAACUAAUUUCAUAAAAAUCAAUAUUUUCACCUAAAAUUUUCCAUUAAAAAAUAAUCCAAUUUGAAGGGAAGAUAAAGUACCCAAAUAAUUAAAAUUUUACCAAUAUUUAGUUCUAAUUUAAAGGGGGGAGGGAGUUAGCUAAAAAACACAACGUAAGCUCCAUUCAGCAUGCAAGCAUGAUUCGAAUGCUAGACUUCCCUGAUAUUGAUGAAUAUGAUAUGUGCGAAUGUUGUAAUCUUCCAAUUGUAAAAAUAAAUUAGGACGCACCUUUGUUUCCUAUUACAUGUCCUCUUAAAAAUUUAAGCGAGCUUGGCAUUGGGUUUCCUUUAUAUUUCUAUUUUACCUUGAAUGCAAUGAUAAUUUUAGCUCUGGCGAUCACUAUAGCAGCAAUCCCUUGUAUGGUAUCAAAUUUAAUGGCCGGGCAUUCUGGAGACUGAGGAGAAGGAAGUGAAAGCUGGGAAAUUGACCUUUCUAUAGGAGCUUACGGAAACUCUUCAUCUGUCCCAAAAUGGCAAGGAAUUUUACACUCAAUUUGCAGCUUAGUUAUGAUUUUAAAUACUGUUCAAUUAAGAAAGAGAGAGAGAUUUAGAUUAGAGAGGUUAACCGGGGUUUAUUUCAGCCCCUAGCCAGUCGAGCUUCAGCUUCGCGCUUCAUGUGGCGCUAGUCACUAAAGCCACCUAACGCCCUUUUUUUGUCGACGUCACCAUUUUUAAUGACGUCGCCAUCUUUCGGGGAGACUCACCCGCACCUGCUGGACAAAAAAUUGCAGCAAAGGACUCUCUUAACCCCUAGUAGUGCUCAGAGCAUGAGAGACCGUCCCGUGCCUUCUUCUGGAACUACCCUUGCCAUUUGCAGGCAUCAUAUUGCUCCUCCAGAAGUAUCCGAUUGGUACUACGCCGUCGGUCUUCUCGCCUGUGGGCCGAGGAGAGGCCCAGUCAGCCCAAGCCAACACCCACCACGGACAAUCACCGUCAGCGACCCCGUGGCCCUUCGGGGCCACUUUUUUUAAUUUGUGACCCCAAAUUCUGGAUUCUUUUUUUUCUUGUCGCAGUACAGCAACGUGUCGCCACAUUGCCUAACGGCAAUUAUGUUCAAUUAAGAAGAUUUCUAGGUAAAAAAACCCGGCACAUUGAUAUUUUAAGCUUUUCACCUGCAAGAUAUGCAGUAUGAAUAAGAGGGCUUGAUAAAGAUUAUAAUAGAGAUGAACUCAAAACUUUUCUAGAAGACAAUGGAAGAGAAGACGGCAGAUUUGCAGAAGUCUACGAUAUAAGCUCAGCUUAUGACAUAAGAAGCUUCCAAAGGGCUAAAAAACGAUAUGAAAAAUACCAAAGAAAAUUGAUUUUCACCAAAGCUUAUUUUGAAAAAUACAGAACGCACCCUCAAUCAAGCAUGAUUUGUUGUAAAUGUAAAUAAAAUAUAGAUUACCCAUCUCAAAGAGAAUUAAAGCUACAAAUUGAAAUCCAAAAACAAACUUAUAAAGCUAUAGAAAAAAAUAUUUUAGAUGGAUUAAAAAACAUUGGUGUCUGCUUUGUUACUUUUCAAAAAAAAUCUGACGCAAAAGCUGUUGCUGAGCAUUGGGAUCAAGGGGCGUUUUUUAGGUUUUUUCAUACUUUGUGCAAUUGCUUGUAUGACAACCGGCUGUCAUUUAAAGGGAAACAUAUAUCACUUAAACAAGCUCCAGAGCCAUCUGAUAUUAUAUGGGAAAAUUUAAGCUUGAAUCCUUACCAAAGAAAUUGCCGUAGAAUAAUAACAGCAUUAGCAACAAUUUUGCUAUUGGCUGGGUCUCUUACUUCUGUGUACUUUUUAAAGGCAAGGCAGCGUGAAAUUUAUAAGGACUACACAAAUAAAAGUGAGCUUAAUAGGACGACCUUAAGUCUCAUGGAAGUAGAAGCUUUUUCGCUAUUAGUGUCUUUAUCAAUUUUGACGAUAAAUCAGCUUAUUGAUGCUUUUGUAAGAGUUUUAUCAUACAAAGAAAAACACCACACGUGGACGAACUUUUAUAAAGCAAGCAGUCAUAAGCUUGUAAUAGGAUUAUCAUUAAACUCAGCGAUUAUUUUGAUAAUUGUGAACGCUAGCUCUACUGAAGAUUUAUUCAAACCAUAUGGGUUAGUAAAUGAUGUAUUUUUCUUAUUAACAGCCACUUCUAUACUCAAUCCAGUGGUUUAUUUUUUCCACCCAAUUUGGAUCUAUACACUAUGGAGAAGAGGAGAAGUCAAAAACCAAAAAGAUGGAACAUUAGGGCUAACUCAGUCACGAGCUAAUGAAAUUUGGGAAAACCCACCUAUUGAUAUAAUACAGUUAUACCCAAAUAUCAUAGUAACGCUGAUCGUUGCUUUUAUUUUCGCCCCACUUUUUCCGUUCGGACUAGUUAUCGCAUUCUGUGGGGUAUUUUUCCAAUACUGGACUGAUAAAUAUUUGCUUCUCCGCAGAAGUUCAAGGCCUAGACAGCUUGGUAAAGGUCUAUCAAUUUCAAUGCAGUCUUGGCUCCCAAUAAUUAUUUUUAUAUAUUCAGUAACUUAUAAAUAGGUUUCCAACUGCUAUACACAAUAUAUAAUGAAAAAAGACAACGUUUAUUUUCCCUUACUUUUCACAUCUUUUGUAGCAUGGUACUUUUUAUUCCCAUGGAGACAUAUAUGUAAAAGAAAAAUAAAACUUUAUAAAUUGAUAGAGGAUGACGCAGACCAAGACUAUAAAAAUCAAGUUGUGCAUUUCUAUGAAGAUUAUGUAAGAAGCAACCCUAUAACUAAAAAGACAGCUUGGGAAAAUUGGCUUGGGAUAAUAAAAAAGAAAAAAGGCAAAAAUGAGGAGGAAGAUAUGAGGAAAAGGAUUUCCACUUUGAUUAAUGGGAAAAGCCCAGUUAAGAAUUUCGCAAUUCAAAAUUAUAAGCUAGAAGAAGGAAGGAGAUCGUUAUUCUUGAAAUCAAGUGCUAGGGACUUUAAAAAACCAAAUUCUGACCUAGAAAUUUCCCCAAUGCCAAGAUUCUCUGAAGGCAGAGAAUUCUCGAGAAGAAGCUAUCAUGCAAAUCCAUUCAGAAUUCAUGAAAAUAACCCCUAA